AUCUUUAGGGGGGUUCAUUUUAAUUUGAGGCAGCCUCGAAGUGGUAGUUCAACAACUUCGCUUUGGUACGUGAACUCAAGCAAGGACUGUUCGUUUCGAGGGGAAAAUUGGAAUCUUAAUUGUUCAACCCCCCAUUCCGAAAAAGAACCCUCAGUUGCUUGAAUUCGCUCGUGGUCGCCACUAUUACUCCUCUCAGAAAAGACUGUCCAGGAUAUUUGCAAAUCCAGUUUGACACUUUUGGAUCAUCCAGGAAAAGACUUUUCGAUAUCACCAUGACUACCCGCACCACCACCACCACCACCACGAGAAGAACCAGAAUCGGAGAGUUCACCUACCCUUGGUUAUUGACCUUGGGUGUUGUAUUGCUGAUGACUGUGGGCUCAACAGAGAGCGCCAAAGGCUCCUGUCGAGCUGCAAAACGAUGCUGCGAUGGCCAAGAUGGAGAUUGCCUCAUUCAAAGCUCAAUUGAGAACCCUUACCAAACCUCGGAACAAGAUGAGGACAUCCAGGAGCCAUGCUAUUGCGACCAUGGCUGUCUGGAUAUGGGCGAUUGUUGUCCAGACUUCAAGGACUAUUGUGGAGUGAUUGAUUGUCAGGUGUCAGAAUGGUCCACUUGGUCGAAGUGCGAUGUGUCUUGUGGUGAAGGCACUGCUUCUCGUACCCGAGAUGUGGAGCGUCCAGAGUCCAAUGGAGGCUCACAAUGUCCAGUUCUGGAGGAACGCAAACGAUGCCACGCCAACAAGUGCCACCCCAAGCACAAUCAAGUGGAAAAGUCCUCGGCUUUUAGAGAGACGGCCAUGAUCCUGCCGGGUAAAUAUGCGGUCCAAUCCAUGCGAGGAGGUCGCAAAUAUGAGGUCCGUGCCAAUUUGAAGUCCUUCCUCGACAAGCCCAAGAGCAAAAAGUACUGUGUCGUUUUCAAAGUGGAAAAGGCCACGCACACCUGUCAGAACGACAAAGAAACGGAUCCCCUUAGGACAGGCCACACUGUUUGCGCUGUCUGUGACGACAAGGCCCAACGCGAUAAUCUGGGUGGGCGUUGCAUGGGUCAUGGGAUUGAGGGUCGUCCCACCAAGUUCAAGAACUUGAUCCAUCCUCGAUGUCAUGGGAGGUGGACCAAAGUUGAGACGCGAGAUGAGUGUCCUUGUCCCAAUGGACCGGACUUUGUCUUUGUCUAAGUUCAAUUCUCGUCUUUGAAUCCGUCAUGAGCCAUACUGCCAAAAAUAGCCUGAACUCCCAAUCCACAUGAGUCUCCAUCGAGCCUUUCAGCAUGCUUCUCCGGAAGAUCAUAAAUUAUGUAAAGACUGCUUUUGUACAAAUGUGGAAUGCUUGAACUUCCUAAACUUGGAAAUGAAAUAAAACCAUGGAUAUUUAAGCAUG